UAAAAAGAUCCUUACGAGAAUAAUUAUUCUCGUAACGAUCUUUACCUAACCGAUAACCAUUGCCUGUUCCAGCACCAGCUCCUCUGCUUUCGGCUCUGCCACGUCAACAACUGGCUAAAAGGGCUUAUGAAAGUCAAAUGAAUGUAAUUUUAUUGAGUGGUGGACAGCUGAAGCAAAGAUUAUGAAGUUACCCUCUUUGUUGCUAAUCUCAGUGAUUGUCCUCGGUUACCUGCAAGUUGGUGUGUUUGCGGAUGACACUGACUUAUCAAAUAGUGAAGAAAACUCAGAAGGUCUACUAGCAGAAGGCGCUAGGUUGAUCUCACAGAUUAGUUUAAAGUCCAAGACCCAGGGGUACGAUAUCUUGAAACAAGCAACUCUCAAUGAAGAUCCACAAGCACAGACAUUAUUAGCUUACGGUCACAUUCUUGGCCGUGGCUUGGAGCGUAAUUUCACUCGAGCAUUUGAGAUUUUCACUGAAUUGGCAGACAAAGGUUCAGCCAGUGGACAACAGGGACUGGGUCUAAUGUAUUCUUUAGGUACUGGUGUAAACUCUAAUCAAGCUAAGGCAGUCUUAAAUUAUGUGUUUGCGGCUCUGGGGGGUGAUCACUUUGCUCAGAUGAUAAUGGGCUACCGCUCUCUAAUGGGCAUUGGAGUUGUUCAGAGCUGUGAGAGUGCUCUGUUGUAUUAUUACAAGGCAGCUAAGAAAGUUGUGAGUGAGUCGUCUCAUAUAACCGGUGGACAGAUGGUGUCCAAAAUCAGAAUUAUGACGGAAGAGGAGAGUGGUAGUGUCUAUGCAGUGAGUGAGGAUGAGAUGAUCCAGUACCAUCAAGUCUUUGCUGACAGUGGAAACGCUGGUGCCCAGAUGAUGAUUGGCAUGUUCUACAUGCUCGGGUCAGGAGGUGUGCAGAAAAGCUAUCAGAUGGCUCUGAAGUUUUUCCAACAAGCUGCCAAAGACGGAGUCCCUGCUGCAUUCACCAUGAUAGGAAAGAUGUAUGCUGAGGGGAGUGAAGAUCUACCUAGGGACUAUUCCACUGCCAAGACUUACUUUCAGAGAGCAAUUGAUAUGAGAAAUGGAGAUGGAUUCAGUGGAAUGGGAAUGCUGUAUUUGCAUGGAAUGGGAGUUGAAAUGAGCUACACCAAGGCACUGCACUACUUUCAGCAGGCACUUGAUCGAGGCUCGGCCGAAGGACAGUACUACAUUGGAUACAUGAACUUCAAUGGUUUUGGAUUGCCCAGAGAUCAGGGGAAAGCUUUGAGAUACUUUCAGCUCGCUUCUCAUGGCGGUCACCUAAGAGCUAUGUACAGCUUAGGAGAAAUGAAUGCUGAAGGGAUCGGUGUUAAGAGAAACUGCAAUUAUGCCGUCGAGCUGUUUAAGUCUGUUUCUGAGAGGGGCCAUUGGACAAGAAUGUUCACAGAGGCUGACAAACUGUAUACGAAUGGUGACAUUGACGAUGCACUGAUGAUAUUCUUCAUUGCUGCUGAGCUGGGAGUAGAAGAGGCUGAGAGUAAUGUGGCAUUCAUUCUGGAGCAAGAUGAACAGGCACUAGUUGAGAAAAACGAGACGCUGAAGAGAGCACUGCUGUAUUGGAACAGAGCUGCAGCACAAGGUUAUGCUGAAGCAAGAGUGAAAUUGGGAGAUUACUACUACUACGGUCAGGGAACGUCAGUGAACUAUGAGGUGGCAGCUCAUCAGUACAGAAUGGCCAGUGACAAGCAAACUUGUGCUCAAGCCAUGUUCAACUUGGGCUACAUGUACCAGGAAGGACUUGGACUAGAGAAGGACUUCCACCUUGCUAAGCGAUUCUAUGACAUGGCAUCGGAAACUUCUGCUGAAGCAAUUUUCCCUGUGAAACUGGCACUGUUUAAGCUCAACUUUAUGUACUAUCAGGAGUCAUACAAACAUAUACUAUAUCUACAAUCUACACUCGGUGAUCUAAAUUUGUUGCUUGGCCCAAACUGGGAUGUAUACCUCAUCUCUUUGCUCACAGGGACGUUAGUAAUGGUUUUUAUUUGGAGGAGAAAUAAUAUCAACUAGGGAACUUUAGUAUACUCCAUAUAUUGAUCUUUAUACCUUGAUUUCAUUCAUGCAGUCACUCAUGAGGAUAUUACAAUGAAGCCUUUCAAAAA